GUCUUUUUUUGUUUGUUUGUCCACUCGUUAAAAUCCCGAUCCCCUCUCUCGGUCAUCUGGGUGUUUCGCCUCCUCACACAAGAGCAUUACAAGAGUCACGGGCUGAUUAAGCUGCUUUGGCAGCAUGACAGCUCGCGGUCGGGAUAUUGAUGUUAUGUAGUCUCAAAUGGAAACAGAAUCUCUAAUACUGAAUGUUCAACAUCUGAGAAAUGUUCGCCUAACUAUUUAAAGGCGCUCAGUGAAACUAUAUUUGUGUCAAGGCGCCAGAUGUGACUGGGAGAACCGUCUGAGGUGAUUGGUGGAGUAUAUCAACGGUGGAGAGAAAAACACGUAUCUAGAAAAAAUGGCUUGUGCAGCCGACAGCUGCAUCCAAUUCACGCGUCAUGCAAGUGAUGUUCUGCUCAACCUGAACCGACUGCGUAGCAGAGAUAUCCUCACAGAUGUCACGAUUCUGGUCAACAGACAGCAGUUUCGAGCACACAAAACAGUCCUUAUGGCAUGCAGUGGGCUCUUCUACUCUAUCUUUACCGAUUCACACAAAUGUAACCUGAACGCCAUCAGUCUGGACCCGAAGGUCGACCCAGAGGGUUUCGCAAUCCUUUUGGAGUUCAUGUACACUUCACGUCUCGCACUGAAGGAGAGCCUCAUCAUGGCCAUCAUGAACACGGCCAUCUACUUGCAGAUGGACCACGUUGUUGACACGUGCCACAGAUUCAUAAAGUCCAGCGAUUCCUCCAUCAAACUUCCCAGAGAGGACUUUCUGGUCAGCCCCCUGCUUUUACCUCAAGACAUUCACAGUUACAGACCCCAUGAGGUUAUGGAUAAUGUGUCAGGACGAUCAGCAACUUUCAGAGACGGGAGACCCUAUGGUGUCUGCAUGUUUAAUGGGGUCAAUGCUCCUAACAACUCGUACCUUUAUGGCCAGUUUCCCAUGCAAGGCUUCCCCUUUCCUCUUUGCAAGCUGACAGACACUAAAAACACUUUCUCAGACUUCUCAAAGGGAGGCAUCAUUCAUCACAAACACUGCUCGCCGAGUGACGGUAACAACCCAGUGCUGAAUGACUUCACCCGCAGUGCUACCAGUGGGAGCUCAGCUGUUUGCCACACCGGGUCAUACUCCUCCAGGGAGCUGGGAAGAGAUGAAGAUAUGAAGAGGGAGACGUUGGAGGGCGUUGUCCAUUCGAUCGGGAUGAGCUCCAGGAAGCACGGCUUCAUUAGCCUGGCUCAGGAGCAGCAGAGGGAGAGUGGGAAAGAGCAGAGUUCCCUAGCAGAGGAACAUUUGAGCCACCAACACUACUCCAUGGGUAUAUCCUCUAAUGGGCGCAAAACCUUGAUGAGCAGCCCCCAGAGCCCCCUCAAAUCAGACUGCCAGCCCAACUCUCCAACGGAAUCAAGCAGCAGCAAAAAUGCUGCUCUCGCACAGGCCUUGCAACCUCCAACUUCUCAAGGUACAUCAGAUCCUAAAGCUCGCAACUGGAAGAAAUACAAGUUCAUUGUGCUCAAUCAGAGCUCCAAGGAGGAGGAGACCAAUCCUCCUGACCCUGGAAUGCACUCCCCACAGAGGCCGGGAUUGUCUGCUUUCCUUCACCAUGUUGACUCAGAACAUCCUGACUCAAAAGUGACAACAAAGAUUAGCGAGCAGGGCGAAGACUUCCCUGCGCCUCAGGCCAGUCGUCUCAACAACAUCAUCAACAGAAGUCUGGAGGGAUCUCAGAGGAACAUCGACAGCCACUCUUCUCUCUAUAUGAACCAUUUGAAAUGCUCAUCCUGUGGCUCCCAGUCUCCACAGCACUCUGACGUCUGUCCCAACACAUCCGCCUCGCGUCUGGCUGAGGAGAUGUCCGAGAUGCACUCCGAGUAUUCUGAUUCCAGUUGUGAAAAUGGAACAUACUUCUGUAAUGAAUGCGACUCCAAGUUUGCAGAGGAGGAAGCCUUGAAACGCCACACGCUUCAGGUCCACAGCGACAAGCCAUACAAAUGUGACCGUUGCCAAGCAGCAUUCCGCUACAAGGGAAACCUUGCCAGUCACAAAACAGUUCACACCGGAGAGAAACCGUAUAGAUGCAAUAUCUGCGGGGCCCAGUUCAACAGACCCGCUAACCUCAAAACCCACACACGAAUUCACUCAGGAGAAAAGCCAUACAAGUGCGAGACAUGCGGGGCUAGAUUCGUGCAGGUUGCUCACCUUCGGGCUCAUGUUCUGAUUCAUACCGGAGAGAAGCCAUAUCCAUGCGAGAUCUGUGGUACUCGUUUCCGCCAUUUGCAGACGCUGAAAAGUCACCUGCGGAUACACACAGGAGAAAAGCCCUAUCAUUGCGAGAAAUGCAACUUGCAUUUUCGCCACAAGAGUCAGCUGCGGUUACACCUCCGACAGAAACAUGGUGCCAUCACCAAUACCAAGAUCCAAUAUCGCAUGUCCUCGACAGAACUACCAACCGACCUGACAAAGGCAUGCUGAGCAGGCACUUAUGGGAAGACCUGACCAUGGCAUUAUAUGACCUGACUUGUACAAUCAUUCAAAAUUUUAGUGCCACACUGUGUCAAUCGGACAAGGAGAAAAAAAAAAAAAAACUAACUGGCAUUAACUGCCAGUCUAAACGGGUUUCCUCUACAUUUGAACAUAGAACCACAAUAUGGUCUCUUGUAGUCACUUUAUUGUUUAUAUUUGCAUAUAAAUAUAUAUUGAUGUUGAGAGUGUUUUUACAUUUUGAGUUAUAAAAAGCUUUAUUUUGUUGGAAGAAGGAUGGAAUGUAAAACAUUUAAAUCCGGUUUUUGAAAAUACAGUAUUUUCUAACAAAACAAAAACAUACUUUUAUGAAGGUAUGGGGGAUUUUGAUUGAGGUUGGAAUAUUUUUCGUCGAACAUUUCUUGCAAAGCAAAGAAUUGUGUGUCUAUAGAUUUUUAUAUAUAUAUAUAUAAAUGUACAGGUUACACUAUGUUGGAACGGCCUCUGUCUUGUAAGAGGAACUCCUAACUGUGACUAUAGCAUUGAAUAUCUUACUUUGUUUUUGUUGUGUACUUUCGAAUGAUGGCUGCUCUCUGAAAUGGGAAAACAUGCAUGAGGUGGGUUGCCACUGAUAAACUUUCACUAUGUAGGCAACUGCAUAACUAUUGUGACAAAAUGUAAUUACUUCACAUUAAGAUCGCUCUCUGCUGGCAGAGCCGAUCUGACAUGGUGACAUAUGCAUUCAGAAGUAAUAAUUAUGAUGAUGAUUAAAAAAAAGAAAAAGGUACUGCUAUGUUAUGACCAAGGAGAUAUUUUGCUUUAGAUGUAUUUGUAUAGAAACGUGACUUUUUAUUUCAUUUGGCAAGUGAAAGUUUACAGUUUUGUCAUUGUUCUAGAAGCUACAGUAAAAGGUUAUACUAUUGUCUUUUUUCUUUUUGUCUGUGUAUACACUGUGUACUCAAGGUGCCUUUCUCAACGGUGUCUGAAUUUCUUUUCAUUCAGCCCAGCUCUAUUAAGGUACAACUGAAGGGCAACACAUGUCCUUAUUUUCCCUUUUUGAGUGUGUAGACAUGUGAGAAUGUUUUCAUGGACAGAAGGAUGGGAG